CCAGCUCGGGGGCCGCUCGCAUCCCGAUACGGCAGCUUAAUCCUUCGCUAAAUUCUCCGGCUUCUCUAUUUUUGAGCAGAGUUUCAAAUGCCACGGUUUUUACGAGGUGAUAUUUAGUGCCUCGAGGCGUCCAAACGAAUGAAGGCGUUUUAAUUUGGAGGGCUGGAGGCGGCGAGGCAGGAGUUCGUAGCCACCUCUCGUGCUGGGACUCUGUUUGCAGAACCUGAAAAGAUCGACACCGACUGCUGCCGUCAGGCUUCGUGACAAGAAGUUGCUUUUCAGAGGCAGGAGCUGUGGUGCUCCGCUGGCCUGUCAGCAGAUUUCUGACAACUCCAGACCCCCUUUGCCCUCGCAGCUGGGAUUUUGUCGUCCCAAACCAGAUAUCUGCCGUUUCCCGCGUUGGUACAAGGCGCUGUGCGAACCGCGGCUGCCAGCGACGUUGCUCAAGGCAGAGGAGUCUCUUCUUUUUUUUUUUUUUUUUUUUUUUUUUUUUAAUUUUUUCCCCCCCCCCCCCUCCUGUGUAGCUGGACGUUAGAGCAAACGCGCUGAGAUGUCUAAAAAGCAAAAUACGAAAGAUCCGUCUGGGUUUAUUUUUGAUGUGCAGUCCAAUACUGUGAUGGCCCAGGGAGGAACCUUUGAAAACAUGAAGGAGAAGAUCAGCGCGGUGCGUGCAAUAGUCCCCAACAGGAGCAACAACGAGAUUGUCCUCGUCCUGCAGCAUUUUGACAACUGCGUGGACAAAACGGUGCAAGCCUUCAUGGAAGGUAAUGCCAGUGAAGUACUGAAAGAAUGGACUGUAACAGGCAAAAAAAAGAACAAGAAGAAGAAGACCAAACCGAAACCGCAAGCUGAAUCGAGCCCUGGCCUCCCAGACCCCAGUAAAUUGGUGUCCACUGAAGAGGAGCAGUCGGCAAACUCGGAGAAAGGUGGAAUUAACGGUUUCCAUGUCAACGGCUGCGCCCAUGACACGGAGUCCGUGGACUCGCUCAGCGAAGGUUUGGAUGCGCUUUCAAUUGAUGCCAGAGAGCUGGAGGAUUGCGAGCCUGCUGCACCAGACAUGCCUGAUAGAACAGCAGUGCCUGAACUAGAGAAUGGAAUAGCAGACUUUGACACAAAAUCGCUCAUCCUGCAUCCUUCCCAGAGCCCUUCGUCUCUCAGACAGCGGCCUGAGCAGAGGAGCGCUAGCAGGUCUCUGUCCAGAUCAACAGCGAGCCACUCGACUCCUGCCUCCCUGUCCGUAACGCGGCUGGAAGAUGUUCCAGUGUCACCUGCAAACAAGAAGCUGGGUUCUAAUAUUGAAAAAUCAGUGAAGGAUCUCCAGCGCUGCACCGUUUCGCUGGCUCGGUACCGGGUUGUGGUGAAGGAGGAAAUGGAUGCUUCCAUUAAGAAGAUGAAGCAGGCCUUUGCUGAACUGCAGAGUAGCCUCAUGGAUCGCGAGGUGGCGUUGCUGGCUGAGAUGGACAAAGUGAAAGCAGAAGCAAUGGAAAUUCUGGUCGGCCGCCAGAAGAAGGCAGAGGCCCUGAAGAAGAUGACGGACGUGGCGGUGCGGAUGUCGGAGGAGCAGCUGGUCGAGCUCAGGGCCGACAUAAAGCACUUCGUCAGCGAACGCAAGUACGACGAGGACCUGGGCAGGGUGGCGCGGUUCACGUGCGGCCUCGACGCGCUGAAGAGGAGCAUCGCCUCGUUCGGGCAGGGUGAGCCCAGGGCGGGGAGGAGCCGAGGCGUCGGGCACCGCUCUGCUGGCCCUGCUGUCGCCCAAACCCUUCACGUGCACCCCAAAACCUGA